CAUGCUUUUUUGUAUCAUUUAUCUAAAUAAUUAUGACACAAAAUAAUAUAUAAUAAGGAAAACUAGUUGGUAUUAAAGUAUUUAUUAUAUCGUUCAUAUCAUUUUUUAAAUAAAUCCAACAAAUAUUCUAAUCUUGAUGUAUAAACAGAGAUGUAUGCUCGUGUCUAGGCCAGUAUACUGAAAAAUGAAUCCAGGAAAGUUAUUGUUGAGUUUUGGAAUAAUCACGUGUAGUGUUUAUUCACAAAGCACAACUGAUUUGUCCAAAACUACACAGGUAGUGGACCCAAUAUGCAAAGGAUACGACUUAGAUAAAACCACCUUCUUGGCCUACCCAGACGACUGCUCCAAAUACUACGUAUGCUAUCAAGGAACAGCCAUCCCCUUCGAAUGUCCAUCACUCCUUCAAUGGAACGACGACACCAAAUCGUGUGAUUACGAGGAAAACGCUCCCUGUGGCUUACAAGAGACCAACUCGUUGGAGGACGCACCGGAUAAAAUUUGCGAAGGUUUACCAUUGGAUGAAGUGACAUUUUUAUCGAAUCCGGAGGAUUGUUCCAAAUACUACGAGUGUUACCAAGGGGUUGCCAACAAUUUUGAGUGCGAGCCACCGUUGCUGUGGAACCCAGACAUUGAUCAAUGUGAUUUAAAGGAAAAUGUCACUUGUGAUCGAGAUAUUUUGUUGUAAAUGAAACUUGAAUCUAUUGAUUUUGGUACCAUUUAUGAUUUAAUGUGUAUAAAAGUUUUAUUAAAAUUUAGUUAAAGGAAAUUAAUUAUAAUAAAGAUAAGUAAAUGGA